UUCCUCGGAAAUGAACGCAAAUAAUCUUGCACGGCUUCAUAAGUAUGAACCACCGAAGUGGGCUUCAUCCCUGAAGAACAUUCCAAAGUAUUUCCUCAAGGUAAGACAAUAUGAUACAAUUAACAAUUGAUUCAUACAUCAGCGUGCGUUCAUCGAGAUAUGAAGCACGCAAAAGUUUGGAGAGCACGAAAGGUGCUCAAGUAACUCUAGCUUCUUGAAUGCUCUCCAAACUUCCCAAGUGCUUCAUAUCUCGAUGAACGCACAGCUGAUGUAUGAACCAAUUGUUUUAUAACAUUUUCAACCUGAUGGAAAAUUUGUUUUCGCGAGGGAUUUGCUUGCUGACGUCAUGUCCAUGCACAAUAGGAAUAUGAAGCACGCUCCCGCAAUUGAAUUUGAUUAGACAAAUUUACUAGCUAUGUUAUAAAUCAAAUUGUACAAUCGAAAUAUGAAAGUGUUUUGGUGUAUAACUCUCACGCUAAUGAAAAGUUUUGCCAUUUUGUAGCUUGCUCAACGUAAUACUCCAAUCCAUCCAUGGAAUAUUCCCAAUGCCCCAAAGGAGUUUUCAAUAUCCAUCAAAAGGGAUGACCUGACCGGAUGUGCUCUGUCUGGAAAUAAGGUGUGAUUUACCAAAUGAAUAUAUUUUCAGCCUAGUUAACCUAAUGCUUUCCUUGGAAAGUUGAAAUGAAUUUGCAACCAAAUUAAAAUUAAAAGUUGGCAAAUUGUCUACCUGUGUUUGGAAGUCAUGUCACAAACUGUAACACUUAACUUGCAGGUACUUUUUAGGAUGAAGUGAGGUGAAAACUUUUCUUAAGAUGUUAUCAAUGGUCAUCCACUUUGAGGUUGUCUGCAUUUUACAAUGUUCCUUGAAUUUCCCAAAACAGUUGCCAACACAUGCAAAUGUAGUGGUCAAAUAUUAAGGCAUUUACAAAUGUGGAGACCUGAAAAUACCAUCCCAAUAUCAUGCUUUCAGGCAGUCAGAAUCAAGCUGCCUCACUUCAGUUUGAGACAGCCACAAAUGUCAGUAAGUCAGGCUGUUUUUACAAAACAUUGAAGUUUAACUGUAGAACUCAUGGAAAAUUGAUAAAUUAAUGCUGCAAUGGAUGCCCAAAAUCAAAUAAACAGAAAACCUUGAAAAUUGUCAAGUUUUCCUUAUCUCUGCUUUUGUUUCCAUUUGCACAUUUUUAUGAACUUUUUACUUCUUUUUACCAUAUCGUGUGACACUGCUGUUUAUUUCAUAUUUUCCCUUUGAGUUUGCACAAGUGAUCACACGACAUUAUAUAGGCUUUUGUAUAUGAAUGUCUUGCUAAAGAGGUUAAUUAUUUCAAUCAAGUAUGAAUUGGUUGUAAGCAACUUAAUUGCUUUGUUAUGUUAUAGGUUCGUAAAUUGGAGUUUGUCUUGGCUGAUGCUUUAGAGAAGAAGUGUGACACAGUGAUAACAUGUGGUGGUCUCCCUUCCAAUCAUUGUAGGACUACUGCAGUUGCAGCAAAACAACUUGGUUUGGAUUGUUACUUGCUGCUAAGAAGUUCUGAUCAGGUAAUACGACAAUUAUACCUUUCCCUAACAUUUUGUAGCUCAAGCACCACUUGUUGUUACAAAGUGUCUUUUUUACAUGAGCAACAACAAUAUCUGUGUUAUUGCUAAUUCUAUGACUGCAGUUAACCUUUUGUUUUCUUUUCCUUGUAGGAGACAGUCAAUGUUGGAUGUAAAGGGAAUCUGCUAUUAAGUCGGAUGGCUGGAAGUAAUAUUAUUCUUGUUCCAAAGUUGAAAUAUAAGGCUGGCCUUCAACCAAUGAUGGAGAAAAUGGCAGAAAAAUUGUAGGUAGCUGAUUUGUUCAGAUUAUUUUGACAACUUUUGAUAGCUGUUUUGAGUCAAAGGUGCAAGACUUUAAGAGAGAAUCCAAUCAUUUUGAAUUAAUUAAACCAAAAGAUCUAAGAGAUUGUUCCAAUUAUAGAUAGUAUUAGAUGCCUUAAAUUGAAGGCCAUAUAACUAACAAAACCUACUCUUCACUGACUUCCUUCAACAAUGGAAGUCUCAUGGAAGUAGGAUCACUGACAAAAUACAAAGCUUUGCUUAUCCUUUCUUAUUGUUACAUUAUAUUCUUUGCUUUUUUCACAAGAUGUGUUUUUCAAGAGAGAUGAAAAUUAAUGUUUGGGCCUGUGUAGGUGUGAACUAAGUGUAUUAUUUUAAUCAAAUUUUUUAUCCAUAGGUAUAAUGUGGCUGGUGUACCCAAGGGAUUGGGAGUUUUUGUAUCCCAGUCCCACCUUUCAUUCCCAGAGAAACUUUAACUCCCACAAGUGAUUAACAUGUAAUUUCUCCUUAUGAUAUCCAUAUCUUAUCCAGCAAACAGAUAGUGAGAGUACUCUAACUUAUCAGGUAGAAGCUAUUAUCUUGAUCUUACAACAUUAAUUUUCAAACUAAAUGAAUAUCAAAUCAAUCCUGUGAAGUGGUUACUAAAUAACUGUAAAUAUAUGAAAAUCAUAUAUGUGAACUGCAGUUGAACAAAAGGAAUAUGGAAGUGACCCUCACAGUUAUGAACACUACUUAAGUAAUAGUGAAAAAAUUCAGGCCUUUACGGCACUUCAGGCAUAAACUUUCACUACUGCAUAACUGCAAGGAUCACUUCCAUAUUCGUUUCUUCAACCAUAGUUUACAUGAUAAUUUUCAUAUAUUUACAGUCAUUUAUUCGGUAUCCAGUUACCUCGCCACCAAGCAGACUCGCCACCAGCGAACUCGCCACCAAGGAACGAUCUCGCCACCAACGUACUCGCCACCAAGCGAAGUCUUCUCGCCACCAACCACCAAUAAAGAGAUUAGUCGAGGAGAGUAGGAUGUUCGGCUGAUAAGUUUGUUCGCUUGUCUGUACUCAAACUUUAUAAACGUACGUAUGUUGUCGAAAGCACGUUCGAAACCGAUAAGUUUGUUCGCUUGUCUGUACUCAAACUUUAUAAACGUAUGUUGUCGUUCGAACAUCCUACUCUCUUAUCUCUUUAUUGGUGGUUGGUGGCGAGAAGACUUCGCUUGGUGGCGAGUACGUUGGUGGCGAAAUCGUUCCUUGGUGGCGAGUUCGCUGGUGGCGAGUCUCCCUGGUGGCGAGGUAACCGGUAACCAUUUAUUCACCACGUUAUGGGUUUAUUUGUGACUAAAAUAAUGACCAGCUCCCAGUUGGCAUUUUAGCUUAGUUGGUAGAGUGCUGCACAGGUAUCGCAAAGGUCACGGGUUCAAAUCCUGUACAGACCUGAAUUUUUUUUAGGUCUUAUUUUCACCACUACUUAAGUAGUGUUCAUAACUGCAAGGAUUGCGUCCAUAUUUGUUUCUUCAACCGCCGUUCAAAUAUAUGAUUUUCAUAAAUUUACAGUCAUUCUCAUAACUAGUUUAGAAGGAAAUGUGUGGCAGCUAAAGUCAGGAGAAUUAACAGUCACACCUUGGGAGUUCAACAGUUCACAGCAGAGUAGCCCUUGCGAACUGAAUUCCCAGUUUUCUGGGAAUUCCUAGGAAUUCUCAAAAAUUCCCAAUUAUGCAAAUGACCCUUGCAAACUGAAUUCCCAGUUUUCUGGGAAUUUCUGGGAAUUCCUAGGAAUUCCUAGGAAUUCCUAGGAAUUCUCAAAAAUUCCCAUCUAUGCAAAUUAACUCUGAUUUAAAAAGCUUGGAAUUACUGGGAAUUUCUGGGAAUUAGGAAGACUCCAGUUUUGUGAGGACUUGGAAUCCCUAGGAAUUCCUAAGAAUUCUCAGCUUUACAAACUACUUAUAAUUUAAGAAGUGUGGAACUCUUGGGAAUUGCUGGGAAUUGAAUUUGAGGCAAUUUUAAUACCCUGAGGUCCACAUAAAUUCUAAGAAAUUCUCAAUACCUUGAAUGUGAAGGUUUUAAGAAAAAGAGUAAUUUCAGAGGCUUAAAACUUUGGCUCAAUAAAAGGUAUGCUAUACAAAACUUACCAAGAGAUAUACAUUCAUGUACAUGUUUAUAACUUAAAGAUCAUGAAAUUUACUACUCAAACUAAGUUUUAGUAAAUCUUUACAUUAAUAUGGAUUUUCUCAUGAACCAGCUGUCAGUUAUGUUAAAUGGAAAUUGCCAACUUCCACAAUAAUUAACAAUAAUUACAUUGUUAUCUUACUUCCCUAACCUACAUUACUGGUUGCCUUUGUUAGAAAACCUUGGAACAGUCAAGCUCAGUUGCCUCAAACGCUGUCAGAGACUUUUUGUUGACAAUACUUUUAGUAGAAAUUUCAUGCCUUAGACAAACAAAUUCAACACCUAAUUAAUCUUUCUUUUUUCAUGAUUGUUGUUGCUGCUUUUUUUCAGUUUUUUGCUCUAUUUUCAUGACUAAUUGCUGUAAUUUGUUUUGCUGUUUUUAUUCUUACAAAACAUUUUUGUAAGAGUUCCAAUACUUGUGGAUCAUCCACACACUUUGCAAACAUUUGGCAUGCAGACAAGACAGAGGUAGUCAAUGUACCCUUUGAGGAAAAACACCUUUUAUAUGACGUCUUCAAUUUACUUUAUUUGAAACUCUGAUCUGAAAAUAUUUGUCAACAAGACUUGUUAGUAGUGAGAAGUACCAACCAAGUUUCCUUUCAUAACUUAAUUUCUUAAAUGUCCCAAUCACUGGAUCUCCCAAAAAAAUAUUACAUCUUUUUAUUUUUGGUGCAAAUUACAAGUCCUUCUUUAUAUAAAAAUGAAAAGUGCUAGUCACACUUCAGUAAUAACAGCUCUUAAGUUUACUUGUUGUUCUUCUCUGUCUGUCAGCUAUCAACAAAAUUGUUUUAUACUUCGGGCAGUGCAUAACUAUUUGUGGACCAGAGUUCCAACGCACCUCUGUAAUCGCAUAUAGCUACUCCUGUCUCUUGUACAAAUGUUUCUCCUUUGUAAGACGCACUCUACUCUGUUGUCAAUACUGCUUUAAGUUCAGUGGAAACGACUGACUGAGGAAUCGAGAUGGCGGCGUUGGAACGUGUUGCUGAACGCUUGCUACGGUCAAGCUUUGUAGAUUUAGGUACUGGUACACUGGGAUCAUCUAUGUAUCUCUUACACUUCCGAAUGUGGUAUCCUUCUUUUAUAAAUAUGAGGGUAAAAGACGAUUUGUAGUCGCAUUCAAAACUGUGAUUGGCUUGUGUUAUUUCUCACCUUUGCCAUUAACACAACUCAAGUGAGUUUCGAGUCUUUGUUUCCUCGACAACUUUCGGCCACAAAUCGUGCAUUUGUAAUACGAUCGAUUCUUGUCGAUUAUUUCUACAUAGAGUGAGCUCACAUCUUUAUUUAUAUCACCAAGCUACCAUCUUCUAGAAGCAGAGAGCCGGUCGGAGAAGUCAAAAUAAAGUUGGGCGCUUCUCUUAACACUGCAAUCGGCAAGCCAGCGGAUUCACUUUGCUAGCCAAUGACAAGUCCUAAAAGAUCCACGUGAUCAUGCCCGUGAUCGGAAACAAAGAAGACUCCAUUUGGCGCUCAUCUUUGAAUGUACGUUUCAUCGGUUGAUCGCUUUUCUCAACUGUUUUGCUUAAUAUAACAUUUCUAAAGAUAGCUUUUAUUCUGGUUCAAUGGGAAAACGAGAAUAGCGUGAGUGUUGUAAAAGAGAAGAAAGUCGUUGGCGCCGUGGAGUUAAAAGUAGGGACAACAGUUGACAUAUGGACCGGUACAAACAAGGGUCGAGUGGCCAUCUGUAAAGCUACGAUUUUGAAAGUUUGUGGUGAGUAAAAAUUGCGAUAUUCGUUGUGAUCAAAAUCUUAUAAAAGAAUAGAUGUAGCGGGUUGAAUUAAGCUUACAUAACGCUCGGCGCAACUGAAACUAGAAUAAUUCUGAGAAUCGAAUCGGUCACUUGCAUGCCGCAGUUUCUUAAGCUUAUGCUUUACAAUGAAAUAAACCUAUCAGUAAGGUUUCAAGAUUCCUCUAGUCACGUUUGGGAACAUUCAAGAUUCAUAACAAACCUUAGUACAUAAAGAAACCCUCCUUGGUAAAAACAAAAUAAUGUAUUCAGCCCUUUUUUAGUAAAAUCCAUGAGAGAGAUGUACUAACUCCAAUAUAAAAGUCACUCAAUAUAACAGAGAUUUCUCAAUUUGAGAAUCCAAUGAAUGCCCUUUUCCUCAUAGCCAUCUUAAAAGCCUGGUCUGAGCUUUAAACAUACAUAUUUUAAUAUAUUAUUUUGUUUUCAAAUUCAGAUGUCAAGGAAUCCAGUUACAAAAUGGUCAAGGUUCUUGUUGACAACCUCAUUCAAGGCCAACUCAUUGUGAGUCCAGGAAAAAAAAUACAAACAGUACAAACAGCAGCUAAGUUUGCAGUUUAGGAUAACUUCAUUCUAAUUUAUUAUUACAGUUAUAACAAGAUUUUAAUCAAAAAAUCAAUUUUAUUUGUCUGUAAUUAGCCCCUUCACUCCCAAGAAUAUAACUAUAUAAAUAUAACUUAGGAUAUUGUAUUUUUUGGAAAAGAAUCAACAGAUUUUAUUCACAAUUUGUGUCAAACCAAAUUUAAUGAUUGAUUAGAACUAUUUUAUAUGAAUAGCUGUAAUUGAGGAUUAAUCUGUAUGAAGUUUUCAAGAAAAGAAAAAUAAAUCAAAUUCCAUCCCAAUAUUACCACACAUUGAUGUUAAUAAUUAAUCAAAAAUAUUUUACAUGUACGCCUUAAUCAAGCUUUUAAAUAAAUUUCAUUGAAUACUUGAAUUUUAGCUGGGUUUUUUUUAAUUUAAAGUAUUUAUUUUAUAUCAUAAGCCUCAAAUUUUUGCUUAAAAUUCCCAGUAAUUCUUAAACAUUCCUAAAAAUUCCCAAAAAUUCCCAGAAAUUCCUAGGAAUUUUUUAGAUUUACAGCUUUUCAGGGAAAGUCAUUGGUUCUCUGAGUUGGAAUUCCUAGGAAUUCCUAGGAAUUCCUAGGAAUUCCUAGGAAUUCCUAGGAAUUCCAAGUCCUGUUGGCUAUAAACUUGGAAUUUCUGGGAAUUUCUGGGAAUUUCUGGGAAUUUCUAGGAAUUUCUAGGUUUUUAGAACCAGAGUUGUUAUGGUUGGGAAUUCCUAGGAAUUCCUAGGAAUUCCCAGUCCGAAUUUACCGUGAAAAUUCACACCUUUAUUCCUAGGAAUUCCUAGGAAUUCCUAGGAAUAAAUUCCUAGGAAUUCCUAGGAUUUUCCUAGGAAUUCCUAGGAAUUCCAAAAGCCAUUUCGCAAGGGAGAGACUCUUAAAUGAUUUUCUCUUGGAUCAAAUCUUUCCAGACGUCAGCAAGGUUCAGUUCCAUACCUGAUAGAGGCUGGAGGUUCUUCAUAUACAGGAUCAUUUGGUUACCUGACAGCAUUUCAAGAAAUGAUGGACCAAGUGAGUUAAUUAUUUAAAUCAGACCAUAAUCCAAAUGCUUAACAAAUUCUAUUCAUUUGUGGACUUUAAUCUAUAAGCUUGUAACCUAGGCUAAUAACCCAAAGUUGAUUAUUAGUUUUUGUGUGAAGAGGAUUUUAUUCAUCAUUCAGUUUCACUUUAAUCAGGCAGGUACACAGUCUUAGGCCUUUCUACUGAUCAACAAGUUGAUGGGCAAAAAGCUUUUUCAUUUCCUUAAAAUGAUUCUUGUUGUUCAUAUCUCUCAAUAUUUUACAGAAUUUAGGCAAGUAUCACCCCUCAGUCAAAUUAAAUAUUUAAAGGUUAUUAAACCCUUUACUCCCUGGUGCUGAUUAACAUUCAUUACUUCGCCUUGAAAGCCAAUUGAUUGAGAAGCUGAAAUCCUUGAGGAAGUUUGCAGCUGAAGCUACUGUUAUGUAGCAAUGAAUCUUUAAUCAAUAUAAUGUGGUUGUUUGUAAACUGAUCUUACCAGUAUUUUGAUUGCUGGAAGUGAACACAUUUUCUCAUCCUUUAAAGAAUCUGCUGGAAGAUUUUGAUGAUAUUGUAAUGACAGUUGGCAGUGGAGGAUCUGCAGCAGGAAUUUCCAUGGCUAAUUAUCUGACAGGUUCAAAACUCAGGUGAGCUGUGAUUUUUCUCAAGAAAGAUGUACACUUGUAGCUGCUAUAGUAUCCAUGAGAUACUAUAGAUACAGAUCAAAUAGAUAAUAAUAGUCAAAUAGAUAAUAAUAGUCAAAUAAAGAAGAGUAGUCUUCAUAUUAUGUUGUUUCAGAGAGUGCAAUCUCAUCAUAGACUGGUAAAACAUGAAAAUAUUUCCUCCAUAUCAUAAGUGUGUUGGUUUUUAGCUCUAUGAUUCAAGGGCACCCAAACUUGUGCACCAAAUCAAUUUAAAGUUAAUCAAGUCUACCAUAUUAUGUAAAUUAAUUAGAUCAGUGUUCAUGUACCUACUGGUUAAGAACGGUGAAUAUGACAAGGAGGAUGGUGAUAGUGAUGGUGUAAUAAUAUAGUGAUAUCAAAAUCCUUCAGCAUUAUUAUCCUGCUGAUACUGUCUAUGGGAGUUCUACACUUUGCUGCUCUUUGAUCCACUAGACUAUAAUUUGCUUAAUUUUGCUUUUCCCAUGUGAAUGUAGAUGCCAUGCAAUAAAUGUAUAUGAUGACGAUGCAUAUGUAUACAGCAAGAUAAAUGAAGAACUUCAAGAAGCUGGGCUCUCUGUGAAAGCAGAAGAAAUAAUUGACGUCAUUGGUGGACAUCAUUUGCCAGGAUAUGGAAGACCCUCACAAGAAGAUCUAGGUAAUUACUCUUCCUCUUUAAAGUACCAUUGUUGAAGAAGUAGUGAUUAGCAUGAAACCUUGAUCUCCUCUGUUUUAAUCCAGCUCCCUUAACAUUGACUCCAGAUCGUGGCCAGCCUAAAAGGUCAACUUAGAAUGGCCAGGGAGUCUACCUAGUUCAAAACUUUGGCCAUGUUAAAGUACUCUGUACAUUGCAUGUUACUCGUACUAUUUCAGUGCAUUAACGUUGUGCCAUUAUCUCAAAGUAAAUAUUUUCAAUUUCUUAUAUUUCCUUUUGUGGAAAAUGCAAUAUUUAUAAUCUUUUCUUGCAGAAUACAUUUUAGAGAUUUCCAGUUCUACCGGAGUGUUGAUUGACCCAGUGUACAACAUAAAGACAGUCAGAGGAAUGCUGGCUGAAAUGACCAACAAUCCCAAGAGAUUUCAAGGAAAUAGGAUACUCUAUAUUCAUACUGGUAUGAGACAUUUUUUAUGAGUUUGAUGAUAGCCCUAAACAAUCUUAACAAAUUGCAUCUGUAGUGAGACUUACUACAGAUGCCCAUGAAUGAUUACCAGAACCUCUCCAGAUUCCUGGAGCAUGAAAUGACCACUUGAGGAGUUAUUGUUUUUUAUCCUGGAUGGGCGGCCAUAACAGGUUUCCCCUCCUCCUUCCUCCCUUCCCUUUCAGAUCCCUUGAUCAGAUUCCCUUGACAAUUUGCCUGUUUCAAUUUACAAUGAUGAGUACCUCAAUAGAAGGGACAUUUUUGUAGUUGAGGCGCUAAUUGGAGCUAACCGUAACGUUAAUGGGAAUGGAUUGGUCAACGACAAACCAUAUUUAUAAUGGUAAUAGGACCGAGUGGACUCCUAUUCGGAGUGUAAUCCCGCGAAGCGGGAGGAUGAAUUUUAAUCACGAGUAUUAUUACAGACAGAAUUGGAGGAGAUGUCUGAAGUCCUGUUACCAGUUAAUAAAAACUGUGACAUUAAUUUGAGAAAGAAACUAGAGAUCAUGUAUAGUUUUUCAUAAAAAACAGUUACCUCGGCGAAAUGCGAGACAACAGCGCGCGCACAUGACGCUUUCUGUCCACUUACACAGACAUGACGUGUUAACUGUUCCUAUAACUGUCCUAUUACACUGUCCAAUUACAAGCAUGACGCGCAGACUGCCAUAUUAGUGCUUUAAUCAUAACCGUUACAAUUUCCUCAAAUGUGAUUGGUGCAUUAGCUGUUUUAUUUUUCACUAAUCAUGCUGUACAGUGGUAAUCGGACUGUUAAAGCAGCCAAUCAUACUAAGUCCACUCAGCUAAAUCAUAGCACCGAUCACAAUAACCAUAAUAACAACCACUAAUCCUGAAAACCUCAUCCAAUAAUUGUUUAUAAAUCGGGCUGGUGAAAACCAAUCACGCUCGAAAUUUUGUUCUAGUUUUAAUUAACAAAUUAAUUGACUGAGGUAAUCUGUCGUAUUACUAUUUUCAAUUAUGUUUUCUUUUUUUGUUCGUUAAUAAGGUGGAUGUUUUGGUUUAUUUAAUGGAGGAGUUGAAUCUUUACUGACAAGUUCACGAGGCACACAAUGUAUCAAUGAGAUUCUGUCCUGGAGAGACAUCAACGAUCCUCUGCCGAUCUGAUUGUAAUUAAUCAAAGAAGCUCUACGUCAUGAUAUAUGGUUUUUAUUGGAUAUAAUUUGUAGUCAAUUUCAUUCCUAAUUAAGAGUAACUAUUUUUAGGCCGAUAAUAGUGUAAGAAACAUUGUUUAGGUUCAUUGUCAGGCUCGCAUCAUUUAUGCCAUUAUUAAGUUAAAGCGUGUUUUUUGCGCUCCUUAACUCACAAAUUACACGCCAAACAACUUACAUUCCAUCACGUACCAUGGUAACAACGUCCAAAGUCCAAUCAGAACAUACCCAGUCGUGGCACUACAUGAACAUUAGGCAAUUUUUCAUGUGCUUGGAUUGUAUUCCAGCAAUUAAAUUCUAUCUUGUCAAAUUAGACUUCACUCCAUCCUUGUAAACAACCUGCAUUUAGUCACGUAUUCGAACCGCAGUGCACCGACCACUGGAGCCCGGAGCCCAGUGCACUGACCACUGGACUAUUGGACAAAGCCGUGGCGUUGGCGUACCCGCGGUACAGUUGAUCACGCAUGUUAAAAGUAUCACCUUGUACGGUCGUACGGUCGUGUUAAAUGAUAAAAUAGUUAAUCUACAAUAUCGUAAGGGUUUCCUGUAUUGGUGUUGGAAAGAAAAGGAAUGGAAAUAUUAUUUUAUUCUAAGUCAUUUAAUGUAAAUUAUAAAAAGGGCAGGUUGAUUACUUCGUACUCCUUCUUGGUGGUCUUAUCUUAAGGGUCGAGUUUGAUCACGUUCUUCUUGUGAGUUUGGCCACGUUCUCCUAGUGAGUCUAAUCACCUUUUCUUCGUUGUGAUCGUGAGGUUGACAUGGAACUCGUGAUAAGCCAUGUUCUUAAAUAAGUUAAUUUGUUAGUCCAGGAAGAGUAAAUCUCCCUGGUAAUAGCUCGCGUUCGACACCUUCGUGUUCCCAGAGGUAAUUUAAGGGUAAACAGGUGAUGCCCCUCAUGUUUCGCAACAAGAAGCAAUUUGGAGGCGGUACUUGUGAGCGCCUUUCUUCUUUAACUCUUGUGACCAAGAUGUUGUUAUGUAACAAUCUUUAAAGGUGAUUUUCUCUUAAGAUACACUUUCAGGUAUAAACAAUACUCAACACCAAGGUUAUUUGUAAUUUUUAUAUUGUCGAUCUCGUUUCUGUUCUGGCCGAUCUCAACCGUAAGGAUAUGAAAAUUAGGGAAGAAAUUGAUUUUGUAACUGCGUAGACAACCCUAAGGUGCUUACUCAGUAUGUGGGAACUAUAAUACGUAGUCAAGCGUGAUUCGCUAGUUGAGAUGGUACAAUGACGACACAAAAAGAUUGACGGCUUAGAAAUGUCAUCCGCAGUGUCACCUAUAUAAGCGGAGACUCUAGUUUUCCCUGAUAUAUUGAAGCUAGUCCCCAUUGUAACAACUUGAGAAGAAAAGCAAAUAAAGAAGGAUCAACCAAACCACAAACGAGUGUUAGAGAAAUUAAUUCUAACAGUCGUACAUCCAAAUUUUUUCGGUUUGAUGGGUUACUACUAUUUUGUAUAAUUAUGGGGCUACGCUCUGCGAGCUCCGCUAUUAUCCUUUUCUCUUGUUUAAAUCGCAAUAUAUCUUUGGUUAGGGUCUAUUGGAGAUACAACAGAGUUUCAAAUGCCUUUCAUAGUAAAAUUACGUGAAAUUAUAUAUUUCAGGCAGCUAAUUGUAGACGAAAAUUUUUUAUUUUCCGUCUGUUAGAGGAACAGCAGUAAGCGUAGUCUCUUUCGCAACCGUUAUUCGGUCUUAUCACGCAACGAGCUCUCUCUCCAACGGGGAAUAGAUGGCGUUGUGUGACGAGACCAAACCACUGCUGCAAGGGGAGACAACAAGAAGGGUGGC